AUGCUCGUCGAGCCCAACGGCGACUCUGCUGAGUCGCCCAAGCUUGAAAAGCAUACCCAGUCCUCAACCGAGUACCAUGCCCAUUCCGCUGCGCUGGUGGGAAGCGAUGGCGAGAACUUGGCAAGCAUCACUCGGAUCAGGAGGCUGUUCAACUUUUCGCAAUUGUUCGCUUUCAGCUUGACCUUCAUGAGUACAUGGGAGAGCAUGAACACGAACAUGUUCUUCGCGCUCUACGAGGGCGGACCUCAAGUCUUCGCAUGGAGCAUCGUGAUCGUGUACUUCGGAGCCAUCGCCCAAGCAGCCUCCAUAUCGGAAAUGUCCUCGACGAUUCCAAUCGCAGGUGCGCAGUAUCAUUGGACGUAUCAUUUGGCGCCGGUGCGAUUCAGGACGUUCAUCACAUGGAUGCAAGCAUGGAUGACAUGGUUCGGCUGGAUCUCGCUGCUCGCCGGAAUCGCCAAUAUCACUGCAAUCAUCCUGCAACAGCUUGCUAUACUCAACAACCCCGACUAUCUGCCAGAAAGGUGGCAUGUGACGUUGAUGAUGAUUGCUAUUAUUGUUGUGCAAGGCUUGAUCAACUCAUUCGGACGGACCUUCGCUUCCAUUCCCUGGCUAGAGCUGAUUGCCGGAAUCAUGCACGUAUGCUUGUUCUUCGUGUUUCUGGUCGUCUUUGCCGUGCUGGGAGCGCGAAACAGUGGUCGUCAGAUUUUCCUCGACUUCCAAGUAUCUUCCGGCUGGACAAACAAUUAUGUUGCAUGCAAUCUCGGAAUGAAGGCCAAGCAUGCUGUACCACGGGCAACGUUCUGGUCGAUCGUCCUGAAUGGCGUUCUCGCUUAUGCAAUGGUCAUUGCGAUUCUUUCUGCGAUACCGUCUGUCAACGAUGUCUUGAGCUCCGGAUUUCCUGUUGCCACCAUCAUCCUUGACAUCACCGGUUCUGUCCGGGCUACUACAGCUAUGGUGGUGGGACUGUUCAUCAUCUCGUUCUGCGUCAACAUCGCAUCGAUCGCAUCUGUCUCGCGUUUGACUUGGGCCUGGUCCAGAGACAAUGGCCUACCACCCUGGUUCGCAUUGGUUGGUCCGAAACAAAUGGUUCCGAUCCGGGCGAUUUGGCUCGCUCUGUUCGUCGUCAUGUUGCUGUCGCUUCUGAACAUCGCUUCGACGGCAGCUUUUGGCGCCAUCACGGCACUGUCGUCCAUGGGAUUGUACUUCUCAUACGCUACUGCCAUAUCGUCAAUGCUUUUCGCGCGCUGGGAAGAUCGUUACGGAUCCGAGAGACUCUUGCUUGGCGACUGGAAUCUUGGUAGCUGGGGCGUCUAUAUCAACAUCUUCGCGCUAAUUUACACCCUCUACAUGAUGGUGUUCCUACCAUUUCCGAGCACAUUGCCGGCCACUGCGCUGAACAUGAAUUAUUGCGGGCCGAUAUUCGGAUUUGUGUUUCUCUUCGCGCUCGCAUCCUGGUUCCUGCAUGCUAGACAACAUUGGAAAGGGCCCGUCAUCGCGAUCGUGGAUUACAUCAAAAGCCAGGAAUGA